AUGGCGGACCGGCGGAGAAGGAGGAGGCGCGCGUCCCAGGACAGCGAGGACGACGACGAGUCCGGUUCGGGUUCGGACAGCGGGAGGUCGGUGUCCCCGGCGACCAAGAGCCGGGGGAGAGAUCCAGACCCGGCGGAGGCGUCAGUGGACCGGACUGAGGCGAAGAGCGACGUGGAGUCCGAGUGUGAGAGUGAAGAUGGGGUGGGAGAAGCUGUCCUUUCUGACUACGACAGUGCAGAUCCUGAGGAAAACGGCUCCCACUCAGAGGGAGUGGAGGAGGAAGAGGAGGCAGAACAGUACAGCGAUGAAGAGGCUCCAGCAGCAGCCAGUGAGCCCAAACCCCCUGCUGCCCAAAGCCCAGCACAGGAAGAGGGUGGAGGUGGGGGGGGUGAGGAGGAGGAGGGAGAUGGAGAGGAAGGGGGACGGAGUAAAGUGGAGAGCAAAGCCGAGGAGAAAGGAAAUCUAGCUGGAGAGAGACAGAGCGGCGAUGGACAGGAGUCCACCGAUGACCCUGAGACGAAGGCGGGAGGUAAACCCGGUCAGCAGCUCGACGAUGACGAGGACAGGAAAAACCCGGCCUACAUCCCCAGGAAGGGUUUGUUCUUCGAGCACGACGUCAGAGGACAUGCUCAGGAGGAGGAGAGACCUAAAGGCCGAAACAGGAAGUUGUGGAAAGACGAGGGCCGCUGGGAGCACGACAAGUUCAGGGAGGAGGAGCAGGCACCCAAGAGCCGCGAGGAGCUCAUCGCCAUCUACGGUUAUGAUAUCCGAAACGGCGGUGGCCCCGGAGAGCGGCCGUACAGACAGCGCAGGCCCAGACAGAGUGUCUCUCCCAGCAGAGACAAACGGUGGAGAGAGGGAGGAGGAGGAGGAGAUCGACCGGUCCGGUCCUGGCAGAGCGGAGGAGCAGGCCUGAACCGAGGAGGAGCUCCUCCACCUUCGUCUGUGCAACCCUCCUCUACAUCCCCUUCCUCUCUCCCUCUCUCCCCUGCUCAGCGCAGCAGCAACCCCUCUAGACCUCCUCCCUCCCGCAGCAGACCAUCCCACCAGAAUCCAACACACCUCCCGCCUCAAUCCCACUACAGGAACAAUGAAUCAAACGCACCCCAGAUGCAUCCCAGAGAACGACAAGGCCCUAAAGUUCAGUCGGAGACUGUAGGAGACAGGGGAGUGGUCACCAGGGGAGGCCGUGGUGGUGCAAGAACAGGUCCCUCUGUGGUCAUUGAGAACAGUACUGUCAGCCAGGGAAGUGUUGCAGAACAGGACCUGAGUUUAAGUGCUGUAACGACGGCAGCAUCGUCACAGCCAGGCGAUUACCGGUCUGCUUCGCCUAGACGACAGCAGCUGGAACAACGAGGGAGCGCUGACAGAUCUGUAUCUGGAUUGGCUGCUUCCUCUUCCACCUCUGACCCCUCCCUUCAACCGUCAGCAGCAGGGACCAAUCGGGAAGCCUCACCUCCCACCGAGCGGCCGGUGGAGCGUAAAUCUUACUCACUGGCUCGCAGGACUCGCUCUCGGCCCGCAGACCUGGGCAGCAAACAGCCGUCCAUGGAGGAGUCUGCAGCAGGAGGGAACGCCUCCUCCCCCGGCAGUGUCGGUGGGAAGAGCUGGACGGGAGGAGACGCACCGAACCAGGCGGGAGGAGGAGGAGGGCUGCCGGAGCUGGACCAAGACGUGGCUCGACUCAGUCUGGCAGGACAGAGCUGGAGCCAGAGCCCCACAUCAUACAUCCGCUCUGAGAUGAGAGGCCUUCCCAACACGGUGCACAUCCCCGGUGGCCCGCCUCAGUUCUCCAGCAUGGAGGAGAUGGGAGUCGGCUCCAAUCGGGCAAAACGCUACUCCUCCCAACGUCAGAGAGCCGUACCUGAGACGGCACCGCCCAUGCACCUGGGAGUGAUGGAGGGACACUACUACGAACCCAUGUCAUACCAGGGACCAAUCUAUGCCCAUGGGGAUGGCCCUGCCCCCAUCCCACCGCAAGGCAUGCUGGUCCAGCCCGAGAUGCACAUCCCCCACCCCGGUCUCCACCCGCACCAAUCAGGUGGCCCGAUCGCUAACCCCGCCCUCUAUGGAGGCCCACCUGUAUCUCUGUCACCGGGGCAACCACAGCAACUGCUGCCGCCGCCUUUCUACCCUCCACCAGGCGUUAUGACCUUCCCUUACCCCGCCAUGUACCCAAACCCACAGGGUCAGUCCCAGGUGACCUACGGAGGCGUGACGUACUACGACACGGUGCAGCAGCAAGCCCAGCCCAAGCCUUCGCCCCCCCGCCGCACGUCCCAGCCCGUCACUGUCAAGCCCCCCCCUCCAGAGGUGCCCUUUGCCUCAGAGUGACCCCGCCCCCUCACCUCUCCCCGCCGCCCAGUCUCAGCCUCCCUCUGAUCCGAAAACUACAGGAGCGGGGUGGGAGGGGUCGGUGAGGAGCUGCGGUCCCCAACAGUACUGAGGGAGGGAGGGACGGGCGGAGGCGAAGACGGACUCGGCACGUGACCCACAGCAUCACUGGUGGUGGAGUUUUUUCCUUUUUUGCCCCCUGUAGCAGUCAGGCUCACCUGCCCUGUUGGUGACGUACCACAGUCAGACUGUUCUGUAACUCACAGGUUCGAUUCCACCAACACGUCUUUUAGCAACAACAUUGAAGAAGAAGUAAAAAAAAAAAGUCUGCCUGCUGUUCAAACCCUUUAGAACCACAUUUAACGUGUCGAGAGUCGGACGGAUGAGGUCGAACUGCUGCAGGUGACGUGUCCACAUGAAAAGUGAAAGUUUGGUUUAAAGUUUUUUUGUCUUUUCCUUUUCACAGUGAAGUUUUCUGUUGAAACAGGAGUCGGACUAAAUCCUGGAAACAGCAGUGAACAGGCAAUAUAAGCGGUUAGAGUUUCUCUGAAGGACACUCUUUGAUAUGCAGUUACUUUCUCAGUUUACUUCGCACUGUUCGUCGGCCGUUUUGUUAAAUAGGAAACGGAAGGUUUUCGUUUUUCAUCGUCCAUCGUUGUUAUGCUGUUAAUACAAGAAAUGUAACCAGAUAAAAACCGAAGCAAACUAAAAAUAAAGCAGAGUUUAUCCACGGAUGGAGGGAUGUUUGGGAGGAUCCGUUGUGUAUAUAGUUUGAAUGCGGCUCUCGGCGUCAUGUCGUUACGUUCGGAGAUGACCCAGUGCUUCCUGAUGUCACCGUCACAGUACGGCUGUUUGGCGUCUGUUGCUUUUCACAGGCAGACAGAGUUCACACCUGAACAUCUCUGCCUGCUUCUGUUCCAGACUCCGAACGCAUCAGAUAGAAACAGGAAACCUGGAUUCAGAGAUGUGUGCUCACUAUGGUCUCAGUCCCCGAUUUAACAUUUAUAAUCAGUAUAUAAAACAUUUCACAGGUGGUUUAUAACAGACUGUACUGUAGUUACAAUCACUUCCAUGUGUUUAUUAAUGUGUCUGUUAAGUCCAGCUCCUCCUGUGGACACAUCAGUGGAGCCUCAACUACACAACUGUAGUAAUAUUUAAUAUUUCUUCAUAGGACAAGUUAGAAUUGUUGGCAGAUGCUUAAAAAUGUCCUUAUAGCCACAUACAGUUACACUACAGCCUGUUAUAAACCAGUUAUUGUAGUAGGACACUAAGAAUUAUUUUCAUUAUUUCAUAUUGUCUUAAAUGUGAAAUCAGUUAUUAGAAUUCAGUCAGUCACUCAGCAGUAAUGCGAACAGAAGGCGACGGCUGUCCUCUCUCCUCCGGUAACAGCAGAAAUAAAACACUGAGGUUUAAAUGUUUGGAUCGGAGCUGAGGGAGCGACACAGCAAAAAAAUCUCACCUGGAAAAUUUUCAUGUUUUGGAGAAAUUUGUUUUUUUUUUUUUCUUUCAAACUGCAGAUCUGAGCGUUUGAGUUAACCACAGACUGCUGAGCACUGAUUGGCCGAUCAGCUGCAUUUUUAAUACCCCAGCAGGGUAUUUAUCGGCUCUGACUGUUUGGCUGACUGAGUCGGUUCCUCCUGCACGAUCGUUUUCCCUGGCGUUUCUCAGACCUCGGUCUUUCUGAGCUCUCGGCUGUUUGACAGAUUUUCUCCCUGGUUUAUUUCAGCAGUACCCAUAAUGCAACACUGUAACUCCCCUCUCAUAAAGAGUUCACUAACUGAUUACUCAAGAGAAUAAUUUGCAGAUUAAUCAAUAAGAAAAAUGAUUUUUAGUUGCUGCACUAAUGGAGUCUGACGAUUGACUUAAGUUUGCAGAAGCUUUAUGUGCACGUUCAUGCAAAUACAGACCAUGUGACCAUGAUGACGCACCGCCCAGUCACACACAGACAGGUUUGACGUCACCACAGUUACGUUAGAAGACGGAGCAGAAAUGUGUUUCCUCCAAACGCCGCCAGGUAAAAGUGUCAGCUGUAAAAUGUAAACCAUGUCUGUGACGGUUAGUGACUCUGAACGUAGAGCGCGUGAUUCUCUGACAGCAGCUUUUCAUUUCCCUCCUGAUGAGCUCAAAGUUUGGUUACCGACACAAACGUUGCACAAAAGCCCGUCUGAGAGAAUCUGCUGCUGCUGCUGCUGCGUGGGGGCGUUUAUGGAUGCUGUAUAUAGAAAUUUAAAUGUGUAUAUAGAAGCUUGAACCGAUAAAAUAGAGCAGUAAACAUAUUCUAAUAUUACUACUAGUGCUACAGAACAGUCAGCUUCUGAUUCAGAGCGCAUCGGCAGGGACCUCGAAUGUUAACGAUGGAUUUAAUGUAGAGGAGACAGGAGCUGUGUGGCUUUAGCUUUGGUUUGUUUUCUAUUCUUUUCCCUCUUUGAGAGUCUCUCUGUGUAAGUUUAAUACUUUCUUUUUGUUUUGAUUGUCAGCGAUGGCAGGAGCGAAGCGACGACUCACCUCUCGGGCUCAGUUAGUUUCACUUGUUAACACGUUUAAAGGCAGAGCGAGGAAACUGCUUCAGACGAGUGAAAAUCAGUUACCUCAGGUGUUUGACCUGCAGAAGUCUCAGCAAAGACACGUUUCAGUCAAAGAUAAUCACUGUUAGUUUUUGACUCAGUUUGUCGUCCUGUUCAUUAAAGCUCCGGGUUAUCGAUGGAAGCUGCUCUCUGCCAGAACAUGUUAAAGAACAAGCAUCGGUCCACCUGACUUCCUGCCCGGCUGGACAGGUCACACCACUCGGGCUGUCACGAUUUUUUUUACCCAUUAAAAUGGAUUAAUUAAUAUAAGUUAUGUUCAGUUUUCUGGCCAGCUCCAAACCCGAGUGGAUAAAUCUGAGACACUGAGUCUUAUGUUGAAUAUUACCACCAGUAUUCUGCAACAGUUUCUCUCCGUAAGAAUUUACACAGAUCGUCUCAGUUUGACUUUCAUCUUGUAACCAUUGGAUGAGAUGAAACGGGGGAGGAGGAGGAGGAGGGGUGGGGGUGUUGUGAUGGCGUCCUCCUGUGGACACAUUGGACACAUCCAGCCUGUAGAACAGAGGGUGUAAACGGUCUGUGACGGCAGCUUCAGCACAGCUCGCACUCAGUCAGUUCCUUUAACGUUUGGGUCUCACUGGCUGUUCUCACCUGAGUAAAUCCACCUCCUGAGAGAGUGAGCUGGCUGCUGUCCAGGUGUUUGACCUUUGACCUGUGCUGACCAGACUGUGUUCACUGUGACGGCAGUGCUCCGUCUGUAUGUUUCAGUGUUAUGAUGAUGAUGAUGGUUUUGUUUGUUUGUAUGUGGAGAACGUUGUCGUCCACACAGAGGAUCAAUAAAGAAU